ACCACGCCCCCUCAUUAAUUUCAACACGCUUCCAGCCCUCUACAACUUUUGCUUUAUUAUUUCGCGGCCAUUUAGGGAGACUGAAUGUGAUGUUUUUUGCUAGAUGUUUUAAUGAAAACAGUCUGGAUAUCUUUACUGCACAACUUCAGAAAGUAUUUUAUUCUUUUAGUCUCAUAAAGACCUCGUAGCAGGAUUUGGUGAUCUUUGCUUGACUUGAGCCGUUUUCUUCGGACACACGUCAUCCUCGGUUCAGUGCCACUCCCAAAGGAUUAAGUUAGAAUAUGGAGCAAACCCACUGAGCAAACACGGGAGCGGGAGUCCUCUGAGUGCGUGGCCGAGUGGGUCGUCCCGUGUCCGGCCUUACGUGUGCUGGAGAUCCCGGUAAUAUGGGAUGUGGACUACGAAAAUUGGAGGACCCCGAGGACAGCAGCCCGGGGAAAAUCUAUUCCACUUUAAAGAGACCACAGGUCGAGACUAAAACAGACUCCGUGUACGAGUAUGUGCUGCUGGACUUCAGUCUGGAAGGUAGUCGGCCUACGGUGCAGUAUUUGUCAUCGCUGUGCGAGCUGCCUCAUGCCCUGCAGUCCUACUACACCCAGGGCUAUGUACUGGCCGCCCUGCAUCCCAUCAUCCUCUCUGUGGGCAGGACCCGCUCUCUGCCCUGCAGCCUGCUUUACCGGGCCAUUCUGGUCCGGCCACGAUCCAGUAAUCCUGCAGUGCCAAUGAUUGACAGCUUGCCAGUGUUGCGGGUGGAGGAGUGGCCACUGCCCGGAGAAUCUCUGACCAGUGACACAGUGAGACUGCUCAUAGACCGGGUGAACAGUUAUUCCAGGGGUGGCGUGCAGUUUGUGGGGUCGGUGCUCCAGCAGGCUGGAGGAGGGGGAUGUAAUGGUAGGGUGCCCAGUCCCAGGAGGGGCUGCCGUUCCCCGCCCCGCACCCCACCUCGCACCCCGCCUCAUACCCCACCCGGAGAUACAGAUCUAGAGGGCCGUAGCUACAGCCCAGACCUGAGGUUGUUGGUGCUGUUUCACUCCUGGGCUCCGGGAUGUGCCCCGCUGGAUUCGCUGGCUUGCUGUUACCACCAGGGUGCGCUGUCCAUGCGCGUGUCCAGGAAGGGUCAAGUCGUCAGUGCCCUGGAAGCUGAUUGGCUGGAAUUGACCGCAGCUUACUACCGCAAGGGCUGGUCAUUGGUCGACUCCUUUGUAUACUGGGACACACCUAAAGGUGAGCCAGUGCCCAGGUCUCUAGAGGGACUGUUUGUCUAUGAGGAGAGAAGCACAGCGCCACCUGCCAACGACACCAUUGUAGUGGAGCAGUGGACCGUUAUAGAGGGUUCAAAUGUAAAGACCGACUAUGGUCCUCUGCUCCACACUCUAGCAGAAUUCGGCUGGCUGCUCACCUGUGUGUUGCCCACCCCAAUUAUUCGCCAUGACAGUGAAGGGAAUCUCGCCACCAAGCAGGUUGUUUUCCUGCAAAGACCCGUCAAGGGUCAAACGGUACCACAGCACAGUCAGGGAUCUACACGACGAGAGGUGUGCAGUCACUCUGUGAGUCGAGGUGUGGAUGAACCGCACACAGAGCUGUCGUCUCCAUGUUCCGGGGGAAUCGGCGGUUUCCCCGUGUUUGGAGGGGGGUAUCCCAGUGCCCUGUCCCAUUUAGAUGAGGGAGGAUUUGAGCCAGACGAUGGGGCUGCAGAAGUCACCUGUAUGUGAUGAACCAACUCAAAGAUGAAAUUUCUUUUUCAAGUUCUGUCAGAAAUCUUUGACGAUUGAGAGCGGCAAGUGGCAUAAAAUUGACCACAUCACCAGACCACGAGAUUUGUGUCCCUGUAUUAGAAACAGACUCAUAGCACUUUUAACACGUUGUAAAUUAUUUUUUAACAAGCCAUAAGGUAUCAUAGAGUUUGGUUUUAUUUACUCUUCAUUGUACAUGAACUGAAAUCACUCUGAAAUUCACUUUUAUUUACAUCAACAGUAUUUUGCAGCACUCGCACAAUACCAUGUUCAGUUCACAUCACAUUUGUCUCAAGGUGGAGCUCCUACACUAUUUUUUUCCUCAUCACUGUGAGUGUCCUUCCUCACUGUUCAUUUUUUGCUGUUCUUUUUCCUGUUCCUUUUUUUUACUUCAUCCCAGCUGACAGUUCAGUUGUUUGUUCUAACACCUGCAACAGUUCAACGUGACGAACUCAGGAACUGAGUGUCCAAACAGUCCCACUGCAGGACUCUGACAUUUACUUGGUGUGCAGAUUUGCGAUGUGUUUACAUUUUCUUGCAGAAAUGUUCCAGGACUGGGAGUCAAAAUAUCAGAAAAGCUCCAUUUAGUUUGGGAUGCCAGUGUUUGAGGGAAAUGCAUAUGCACCAUAAGCAUACAGUGCUUCGGAAUGGAAUCCAAGAACUAGCCAGUACUAAACGCUGUAGUCUGGUUUAUCUGAUCUCUGCCAUGUGUUCAAGUGGUGCUAAAGCUGGAUUUGGAUCUUAAUCUCCUGGGAGUUUCUUCACACUAUCUAAAAGGAUAAAGGGUAAAACAUUUCGAUUUGCAUGUUAAGUGGCAGCAUUUCAGUUUAAUAACUCCUAAGGGACUAUGGGCAAGGUACUUUCUUUUGUUUGGUAUAAACUGACUAGUUCUCAGCUUAUACGGCUGGAUUUUUCAAACUGAGCUGAAGUGGUGCUGCUUGUGCUACCUUAAAAUGUUUGUAGAAUUUAACCACGUUAAGCUUUGUAUUUUAUCAGAUUGUAUCUUGCGUUGCCUUGACGAUGUUUAUCCCUCUUUGAGGAAUGGUAGAAUAGAAGCAGCACAUUUUUGUUAGCUAAACAGUCUUUCAAGCUGCUGUAUAUGUUGAACCGAAUAAGAUGUUUCUUCAAUCCUAGAAGCUAAGCCCAAGAUAUUUAACAUUAUAUUCUAAUAUACCAGAACUGAUCAGUAUUAUUUACCAACUGUAGUAUCUGAACGUGUUUCAGACAGUUUUUGUAAUGGUUUAUUAAAUGGGUAUUUACCAUUUACCUCGUAUUAAAGUGGAAAUUUGUGUUGUCACUUAGCAGUCGAACACGGCUUAAAUGCAUAAGCAUAAAUUAGGUACAAGUCUUUUAUUAACAACAGACAAUGGAAAUACCAUACAUUUUAGUAAAAAAAAAAAAGGUCAAAGUGGGCCGGAUAAGAGCCCUCCACCCAUAUAAUAAUUUAACAAUGAGAGAAAAGACAGGGUGAAUAUCACCAGACUGGUUUAUAGUCGGGAGAGGGGGAAAAAGAAAGGAAAUUCUUAUUGGUUGAGCAGAAUUUACAAUGGAGAUGGAGUGAGAUAUGUACAAGGAGCUGCGGAUGUAAUGUUUUGAUUGUUACAGCUGAAAGAUGAAAUUUGGAUCAAAUGAAGCAUUAUUGAGUGGAAAAGUAACGUAUGUCAAAUGACUAAAGUUGUACACCUCUGCUGUCUGGAUUCUAGAGGCUCAAAAUGCACAAAUACAGCUCAGGCGUCACUCUCCCCAGCAGUGGCACUCUGGACUUCCUCUUCCAGGAUGGGCACGAUGAGGUUGUCCUUAGACAUAAGGUUGUACUUCAUCACGAAACGAGUGAAGCGGUGACACAAGAAAGUCUCAUUCUGUGGGAAAGAGAUGAUCUUUUGAUUAAAUGUUUCUGUCUGA